AUGGAGGUGCUGAAUGCUUCCCGCCAUAAGAAACGGCUACAACGAGCUGCUGCUGCUGCUGGAGAAAAGGCAGCUGAGAAUGCAGUGCCGAGCAAACGGGUGAAAUUUACGGAUGGCAACAACAACGAGAUUGCAAAGGUAGACGAGGAUGCAGACAGUGACGAUGCCAAUGCAGAUCUUGUACUUGCUCUCACAAAAGAUGAAAAGGCAAAACGACAGGCUGCAGCGAAGAUUGCGGCCAAGAAGGUGGUUGCAGAUGCAGAGAAGAGCAAGGUGAGCAAGACGAAACAAAAAGCCUUGCAGAAAUUGAAAGAGAGGCAAGAGAGAGAAGCCAAGCGAGGCGAGGUUCUGAAAUCUCUACAAGAACAUGCCAUCAACAGUGAUGUCGCUGCUUUGCUCAAGUCAAGCUCAAAGAUUGGAACUGGAAGGGAGACGAAGAAGCAGCGGCUGUCGCAGGCCUUGAAGGAGGAGCGAGCAGGAGUGUGCCUGACUGACCACGCGGAUCUCAUCGUUGGGAUCAACUCACACAAUGACAAAGAGAGUGCGAGAGCAAGAAGAAGGAGGUUGGAACGAGAGCAAGACGAGAUGGAGCAGGCCUUGUAUCACUCGGAUGAGGCCGACGAAGAGAGCUCAGAAGCAGAACAGGAAGGCGAACCAAGGGUUGAUGAAGAGCAUCAGCCAGCAAACCUCACAGCACAAGAGCACGAUAUUCAUGCUGACACGUCAGAUUUGACUCCAAGAACGAAGGAGGAGGAGCGCAAGGAGGAAGGGAAAAGGAAGGAGGAGGAGCGCAAGGGGGGAGGGAAAGGGAAGGAGGAGGAGGACGAAAGGGCACCUGCUUACGUUGUUCGAGUGAAGAGGAGACCUGAGAUUGAGCGGGUGCGAGAGAAGCUGCCGAUGUUUGCAGAGGAGCAGGCGGUUAUGGAAUGCGUCAACGAUCAUGACGUCAUGAUCCUCUGCGGAGCCACCGGGUGCGGGAAGAGUACGCAGCUGCCUCAGUUCCUGUACGAAGCCGGUUACGGGGAAGCGCCGGGCAGGCGCGGGAUGAUCGGAUGCACUCAACCUCGUCGAGUCGCAGCCGUCACGACUGCUAAGAGAAUCGCGAGCGAGCUGAACGUGCAGCUGGGGAAGGAGGUGGGGUUCCAGGUGAGGUACGAGAAGCGAACGAGGAAGGAGACGAAGAUCAAGGUGAUGACGGAUGGGAUUCUGCUCAAGGAGAUGCAGAGCGACUUUCUUCUCUCCGACUACUCGGCGAUCAUCAUCGAUGAGGCCCACGAGCGAGGCACCAACAGCGAUAUCCUCAUCGGUCUGCUCUCGCGCCUCGUGCCCAUGCGCAGGAAGGGAGUAAAGGACAGGAGCGGCAAGCUGCUUCCCCCCCUCAAGCUCAUCAUCAUGUCUGCUACCCUCCGUGUUAGCGACUUUGUGGACAACGCGCCCUUGUUUCCUCACCCUCCUCCCGUGGUGGAGGUGGCAGCGCGGCAGUUCCCUGUGACAGUCCACUUCAGCAGACGGACGGCGACGUUGGACUACCUGCAGGAGGCGCUCAAGAAAACGCUCAAGAUCCACGCGAAGUUGCCGGGGGGAGGGAUCCUGGUGUUCCUGACGGGGAGGCGGGAGAUCAACUGGAUGUGCCGGAAGGUGAAGGAAGAGCUAGGAAAGAAGCGAAAGAGAAGCAAGAAGAGCGAAGAACAAGCUGGGGGAGAAAAGACUGACAACCUCAGGCUCCCUCCUCUCCCCGCAAACAUCUCCCUGCCUUCGGAUGGUGUUGAUACCAACGAGAAUGCCAAGGAAGGGUUUGUGUUCGGCCUGGAUGACGGAGCUGAGAGUGAAGAGGAAGAAGUUGAUGUUGUGGAAAAGAUGAAGGUAGAGGAAGAGGAGGAAGAAGCAGGAGAGGAGAAGGGGGGGGAGGAGGGGGAGGAGUCAGAAGUCGAAGACCUUUCCGAAAACGAGUAUGACCUAAGCGACAGCGAUGAUGAUGAUGAGGAGGAGGAGGAGGAGGAGGAGGAGCAAGGGAAUGGAAGCGGAGAAUCUUCUUCAAGGACGAUCGUCUUAAGCUCACAAAUGAUCCAAAGAGGAGAUGCUGCGAAAUCUUGUUCAGAAACAGAAGAGGAGAAGAAGGAGAAGGAGAAGGAGAAAGAGAAAGAGAAAGAGAAGGAGAAGAAGGAGAAGAAGACGAGAGUCAAGAAGAGGCCUAACAAAGUUGAGGUGCUUCCUCUCUACUCCAUGCUCCCUGCAGACCAGCAGAUGAAAGUGUUUGAGCGAGUGAGAAAAGGCGUCAGACUUAUCGUGAUCGCUACCAAUGUAGCCGAAACCUCUAUCACUAUCCCCGGGAUCCGGUAUGUUGUGGACACGGGGAGGGUCAAGGAGCGCGUCUACAGCAAACGCUCGGGCAUCGGCAGCUUUCGCAUCGCGUGGACGUCGCAAGCGAGUGCAAACCAGCGAGCAGGGAGAGCAGGCAGAACAGGAGCAGGGCACUGCUACCGCCUCUUCUCAUCCGCCGUCUUCGAACAUCAAUUCUCUCCCUUCGCUCCUCCUCAGAUCCUCCAGACUCCCAUAGAAGGCGUCGUCCUCCAGAUGAAGGUUAUGUCCAUCCCCAACAUCCGCGAGUUUCCGUACCCGACGCCGCCCAACGAGGAAGACAUCGAGAGAGCCAUCAAGCUCCUUGUCAGUCUGGGAGCGCUGGACGAAGAGGAGCAGGUCACUCCCCUCGGCGUCCAGCUCGCUGCCUUUCCUCUUGCUCCUCGCUUCGCAAAGAUGCUGGUGCUCGGCAAUCAGAGCGGCUGCCUCCCUUACGCUGUCGCGCUCGUUGCUGCCCUCACCGUCGAGAACCCCAUCGUGUAUGAGCGAGAAGGAGCGAGAGAUGCUGAGCAGGACGAGGACGAGGAGAAGGACGAAGACGAAGAGCAGGAGCAGGAGCAGGCAGGAGGGAGGAAGGAAAGACAGUGGAAUGGAGGAGCGCAAGUCUGCAGGAGAGAUCUGUGGACGCACACGAGGAGCGACGCUCUGGCCCUUGUCAAGGCCUUGGGUGCCUACGCUUUCAGCGGAGGAGAGGAAAGAGAUCAGUUUGCACAAAACCAUGGGCUGCACCCGAAGCUGAUGCGAGAGAUGUUAUCAGCGUAUCAGCAGCUGAACUCGCUUCUUCGCUUCUACUUCCCCUCCCUCGCUCCUCUCCUUGCCUCUGACGAUGGGCCUUCCCGCCCCCCUUCAAGCCAGCAGGAGGAGCUUCUCUGCCAGCUCCUCCUUGCAGGCCUGGUCGACCAAGUCGCCAGGCUUGACCCGGACUGCCGCGCGCGCGUGCGAUGGUGA